CCCAUCUCUGGGAGAGAAUAAAAAGGCAGGACCUGGACCAUUUUCCAUAUCACACAGCUUCUAGAACAUUUAUCGUCCAACUUGAGUAUGGAUCGUGAAAUAUUUUUGAGAACUAAACUUCACCAGCUGGAAUGCCACUUUACCUGGGCUCUGAUAAAAACUGACAUAGAUCUACCGGAUCUUCUCAACAGAUUGGAGGAACAGCUUAAGUUGGAUCUUGGAAAAAACAAAGCACUUGCACGUGCAUACAGUGCUUUAGCUUAUGUUAAAUUUCUUCAGGGGUUUCAGGAAGAAGCACUUAACAAUCUGAUGACAUCUGUGAAGCUCUACAUAGAGUGCCAUGAGGAGGAAUUUCACAAAACUCUCAUUGUCACCUAUGGGAACCUUGCCUGGUUAAACUACCACAUGAAUAACUAUACAGAGUGUGAAAGUUACCUGCAGAAACUACAGACGAUAGAUGAAAAACAUUCAACUAAGGCUUCAUCUGUUCCAGAGGUGCUUGGUGAGAAGGGAUGGACCUUUCUUAAAUUUUCUCAGAAGUAUUAUGAGCGAGCCAAAGAAUGUUUCAAGAAGGGUUUGGAGCUGGAACCAGAAGAUAGCGAGUGCAACACUGGCUAUGCCAUUGCUCUGUUUCGGACAGAAUACGGGGGCUUCACGUACACAAAUUCACCCACAAUCAAGCAACUUAGACAGGCCAUCGAAACAAAUCCUGAUGAUGAUGUUCUAAAAGUCCUUUUAGCAAUGCGACUGCUUAAAUACAUGAGAUAUGAUGAAGCUGAAAUCUUAGUAGAGAAAGCUUUAGAAAGAUCUCCAGAUCAUCCACACGUCAUGCGAUAUGUUGGGAAAUUCUUCAGGAGUAGAGGAUGUGUGGACAGGUCUAUUGCUCUGUUGAGCAAAGCCCUUGAGAAGUCACCUAAUUCAAGUUUCAUACAUCAUCAGUUAGCUUUCUGCUAUAAGCUAAAGAAAACCCAACUGCUGAAACAAAGAAAUCACCACACUAAAGCAUCACAGGUUCAACAGAUUCGUGAUCAGAUCAUCUAUCAUUUAGAAAUGGCUACUACCCAUUCAUCUGGCUUUAUUGCUGCAAUGAGUGAUCUAGCAUUGCAUUAUGGAGAAAAGCCUGACAUUUCACGCGCUGAAGAGUUGUUUCAGAUGACGUUCCAAACAGCCAAAGAGAAAAAUGACAGUCUAUAUGUGGUCAAUUUUUACUACGCUGAAUUCCAGUUGCACUGCAAAAGAUGUGAAGCUUUAGCUAUCAAGCACUACAUGCAAUGCCUGAAGUUGUGUACAUGUUCACAUGAAGUGAAGAGAAGUUAUUACAGUUUGAAAAAGAUUGCAGAGAAACGUAUUCGUGUAAACACACAGGAUGGUGAAGCUUAUGCUAUACUAGGAUUCCUUCACAAAGAGAAAGGAGAAAAGCGUGAAGCCAUUGAGUGCUAUGAGAAAGCUCUGAGUUAUGUAGAUAAUGAUGAGUACCUCAGGAACCUUUGUGACCUCAAGAUGUCCAUACAGUAAAGUUAUGUCAAACUGUAUAUGCUUAUAUUAGCAUUGUAUCAGCAUUUUGCUGCUUGCAAUAUAUUUAGAUUUAAAAAAUAUUGUUCAAAAUAUAUAAUUAAUGGUUUUCUAUAAGAAUUAACUUUCAUCGUUUAGUUCUGUCUUGUUUUAAAGUUUUUUUUCCUGCGAGUUAGAUAUAACAAUGCACCUUUCUAUAAAUAUCUUACACUAUUUUAUAACAUGACUACUGAAAAGGAAAUAUUUUGAAAAUAAAAUGUGGAAUGCUUACAUUGUUUAUAACACAAAUAAAA